GUUUUAUACUGCACACGGCAAGCAUAUAUUCUUUGUUGAUAUUAUUUGCUAAACGUACGGAUUAUUUCUACCUGGCCAUUUAAUUAAAUUGUAAGUUCCUCCACGGGUGAUUCUUCAUACAGACCAGCAGUUAUAAGAGAAGAGCAGUGGUGUAUAAAGAUUAUAAAGCGAAAUAUGGUUGGAAUGCGCUUGUUUUGUUUGCUGCUGUUAUUGUGUUUUAGUGGAUUUGGGGACGCUAAACGGAAUAAAAAGUCUCUCAUGACGAGAGAUCAACAAAAUGGCAGUUCGACCCCGCCACUCUUCUCAGAGAAUUUAGUCCCAAGAAUUCUGCUUUGUGAAGUAGAUAAACCAUGUUCGCUAGUACUUCCCGUUGAUGGCAAACAUACCCAGAUACCAAAUGUACAAGAUGGUCACCGUGAUCCUGGAUUGAAGGUAGAGCCAAUCGCUGUUUGGAGUAGACAGCCGUUUAUUUGCAACCCGAAUCAAACCAGAUGCCCAUACGAAGCCGUGGUCACUGUUAUACCAACCGAGGAAAGAACAUAUCAGUACUGUGUUCAGACAACCACUGAGGAAAAGAUAAACGCUGACGAGCUAUGUUUUAUGGUACAAGGAAUAAGAAACAACUUUAUGAAUGCAACACCACAUUUCAAUUAUCCACCUUCAUUUCCCAACAAUUCAACCGUGAGUUGUCCGAAGAAUGUGACAUGUCACUAUGCGGUAGAGCUUCAAAGACAUGGAGGCUAUUGUAUACCACCAAAAGUAAACCUCGUGACCGAUAUAGAUAUACAUGUACACGAAACGGAAGUGAAACAGAGAGCUUGCAAAUAUGAUGUUGAAUACACUCCUUCAGUACAUGCUACUGGCAACAAGGCAAUAUGCCUCUCAAUAAACAAGUCAACGGUAGAAACACACUGUGUCAAUGUUGAAGUUACAUCACUGACUCGGCAAGAGCUGGCAGGACCAUGCAGUAGAAUCUACUGUAGCAGUGGAAGUUUCUGUGAUUCCGUCAACGGGAGACCGAUAUGCUUAUGUCCGCCUGGAUUUACGGGAACAUCCUGCACUCACCCUGUACAGUGUUACCUUUCUUUUCCUAAGUCAGUAACUUGCCCUAAAAGCAACUGUCAUGUCACUGGAAUCACAAUAGGCACGAGGCAGGUUUUCUCGAAUGGCAAUAUAGUUAGCUACCAGCAAGAUGCGUACAAUGGUAAAGUGAUUAUUGCUAAUAUCGAGGCCAGUGGAAAUGCAUCCGAGAUCUGCUAUCACGUGAAUCAGGCUAACUGCUACAAAGAAGGAUGUGUAUCAGUGAUUCCGGAUAACCAGCUUCUUUCUCCAACACACAUGCCAGGGGGAUUUUCAAACAACAAUCUGACAUACAACUGUAAUACUGGAGGCAACUGCUAUCUUACCAUAAUAACAUAUCCAACAAACAACAAUACUUGUCCAAAUGUAACCGCUCACCCAAAUACUACGGUGAAUAACCACCAUAUAUUCCGUCCAUCCACAUUUGCCAGACCACAGUGUACGACAACAGUCUUGGUAACAGGCUCUACCAAACCAGGCGAGAAUCAACAGCUGUGCUUGCAGACAAGAUCUGAUGUAAAAUGUAUACACCUUACAGUCAAAGAUUUUGAAAAAUGCUCGACAAAUCCUUGUGAGAACGGAGGGUCUUGUGAAGCGUUACUAACCGGCUACAAAUGUACGUGUAAACCUGGUUGGACGGGCAACAACUGUAAAACAGACAUAAAUGAAUGUAGUCCAGAUCGGUGUCAAAAUGGAAUAUGUCAUGAUGAAAUUAACAAUUAUACAUGCACAUGUGAUGCUGGGUACACUGGUCGAAAUUGUGAAACCGACAUAAAUGAAUGUAGUCCAGACCCUUGCCAAAAUGGAUCAUGUCGUGAUGUAAUUAACGGUUAUAUAUGCACGUGUCAUGCAGGUUACACAGGUCGAACUUGUGGAAUCGACAUAAAUGAGUGUAAUCCCGACCCAUGUCAGCACGGAAUCUGUCAUGACGGCGUUAAUAAUUUCACGUGCACAUGCUUCCCUGGUUUUACAGGUCGUCAUUGUGAAACCGAUAUCAAUGAAUGUAGUACAAACCCUUGCCAAAAUGGAGCAUGUAUUGAUGACGUUAACAAUUACACAUGUACAUGCUUUUCGGGUUAUACAGGUCGACAGUGCGAAACCGACAAAGAUGAGUGUUCUCCAGAUCCAUGUGUAAAUGGAACGUGUACGGACGGAAUCAACAACUAUACAUGUGUCUGUGAUGCUGGAUUUAGUGGGAAUGACUGCGGCAAGAACAUAGAUGAGUGCUCUCCUGAUCCGUGUGUAAAUGGAACUUGUAUUGAUGGAAUUAACAGUUACACGUGCAUUUGUGACGCUGGAUUUAGUGGUCGUGCUUGUAGAACGAACGUAGAUGAGUGCUCGCCUGAUCCGUGUGUAAAUGGAACUUGUAUCGAUGGAAUCAACAAUUACACGUGCGUUUGUGACGCUGGAUUUAGUGGCCAUGUUUGUGGCACGAACGUAGAUGAGUGCUCCCCUGAUCCGUGUGAAAAUGGAACUUGUAUCGAUGGUAUCAACAAUUACACGUGCGUUUGUGACGCUGGAUUUAGUGGUCGUGUUUGUAACACGAACAUUGAUGAGUGCUCACCAGAUCCAUGUGUAACUGGGACUUGUGUUGAUGGGAUUAACAAUUACACGUGCGUCUGUGAUGCUGGAUUUAGUGGCCGUGUUUGUGGCACGAAUAUAGACGAGUGUUAUCCAAGCCCGUGUGUAAAUGGAACGUGUAUGGACGAAAUUAACAACUACACGUGUGUCUGUGAUUUUGGAUUUAGUGGACGUGUUUGUGGCACAAAUAUUGACGACUGUCUGUCAAACCCGUGCCAAAACAGAGGCGUUUGUUAUGAUGGCGUUAAUAGUUACGUCUGUAGAUGUGAUAGAGGUUACACUGGACAAAAUUGUGGAAAAGAAAUAGACGAAUGUUUGUCUGAUCCUUGUUUGAAUGGCGCCACAUGUUCAGAUCUUGUAAACGGCUUCAAAUGUAGCUGUAAGGAUGGUUAUUCUGGACUAUACUGUGAAAAUAGAGUGGCCCACUGUCUUCCAGGCGAGUGUUUGAAUGGUGGUACAUGUGUGACUGGAAACUGUCAGUGCCAGGCUGGAUAUACAGGGGAACAUUGUGAAAUAUAUCUAGAUCCAUGUCAUUCUUCUCCGUGUUUGCAUGGCGAUUGUUACCAUCACAACACUAACUUUUACUGUGACUGUAAGAGUGGUUAUACCGGAAAGAUGUGCGAAACGCUAUUCAACAACUGUGAUUCUAACCCGUGUGUAAGCGGGGGCUCCUGUACAAACGGCGACAAUUAUUUCACGUGUAGUUGCCUUCCCGGUUUCACUGGAAACCGUUGCCAAACAAAUAUAGACGAUUGCCUGUCAAAACCUUGUAUGAAUGGUGGAAACUGUAAAGAUGAAAUUAAUUCGUUCACAUGUCAGUGCCAGUAUGGGUAUAGUGGAGACAGGUGUGAGACUGUUACAGACUUCUGCCUAUUGAAACCAUGUGUCAGGGGAACAUGUUUUUCACGUGCAUCUGAUUAUCACUGCACCUGUCCCACUGGAUAUACGGGAAAAACAUGUAAUACAACAGUUAUGGUCGUAAAUGGGCCUGAUCGGGUCAACCUUACUGUACCUAGAGGCGGUGACAUUCGGAUGAAUUGUAGUGUGACAGGGCAACCUACAGCUUAUUCUUGGACAAAGAAGAACGGCUGUGGAGGUGUAUAUGACACGGCAGGAGGUUCCAAUCUUGAAAUUCAUAACGCCGGAAGAGGCGAUGCCGGGAUAUAUAUGUGCUCUGCUUCCAACAAAAAAGGCUCAAACGUCACGAGGACGUUUUAUGUAACAGUUAACGCAAGCAAAAGUGAUAAAUGUGUGUUUGACGGAAACGCAGCAUGUGACUGGACACAACUUAAUAAUACAGCUGAUGAUAAAUUCGACUGGACACGCCAGAAAGGCAGCACACAGUCAUCAGAAACGGGACCUGACAAUGAUCAUACUGUUGGAAAUGGAAAUGGUGUAUAUAUGUACAUAGAGGCCUCAUCACCGAGAUUACAGGGCGAUUAUGCCAGUCUUAUGUCACAAGUUUUACCAGCAAACCAUACCAUGUGUUUAGAAUUCUGGUAUUUCAUGUAUGGAGAUGGUAUUGGUAAUCUAACCAUAGAUUUAAAAGAUCGUUGUUUGCACAAAGACACUCAAGUGUUUAAGCGGACAGGCGAUCAGGGACAGAAAUGGAUAAAAGCAUCUGUAACAAUACCAAGCCAUCGUGUUCCAAACGACUAUACAAUAGUGCUAACAGGCGAUAUAGGCCCAACCUAUCAUGGAGACACCGCUAUAGAUGACCUGUCAAUAAGUGAGGGCAAGUGCACAAAUGACCAGACAAGUUCGAGCGAUGUAAAUGUUCCGAUUAUAGGUAUAUAUCUGAUUCAUUGUUAAUUGGACAUUUCUUUGACGAAACUUUGAAAGCGCAACGUAAUAUGAAAUAAGGCAAAGCCUCAAAGCGAGCUCAAAGAAAUCGGAUUUAGCGAAAAAUAUUAUGCAUCAUUUAUUUGUCACAAAGAAACUAUUCCCUACUCACAAGAAUUCAGGAGAACCCAUUCACUUGAAAAAGUCUACAUUUAAUGUCACCAUACCUGUAACAGUGAA